AUCUAUCUAGUGUAGCGACAGCAAAUCGGCAGCUUACGCAACCGUAGGGCAGCCCUAUCGCUUCGCGAAGUCACCAAACUGCCUGCCUUCAAUUCGCGUGAUUGCCUUUCAUUUGCUUCUUAGAUCGAUUCUACAAAGCUUCUACAUUGAACGGCUUUCAGGAAGCUUCGUCCCGUGGGGAUCGAAGUUGACCAGUCGCCUUUGGGUGCUGACGAGCCACUUCUAAUAUUCACUGCAACAUACUCCUGCUGCAUUGGUUGACACAAAUCUCAGCCAACGACCGGCUCUCAGUUGCUGCCUGGAGGCAUCCCAACCCGGCGCGUGCCGCGGGGGUCGCCGCGUUGCCCUCCUUUGACGCCCCCCUCGCGCAACAGCCGUCGCCCCCAUGAGCGGUACAGGCGGCUCGGGGGCAGGCGGUAGCAGCGCAAGCGGCAGCGGCGCCGGAGGCGGGGGCGCCGGAGGCGGGGCCGGCAGCAAGGUGGAUGCCAUCUGGGCCCAGCUCAAGGGUGCCCACCCCGCGCCCAAGGCCCAGGCGGUCAACUUCAACAAGCUGUGGCACGGAUUCAGCAGCGACGUGGCUGGAUCCGGAUCUGGAUCCGGAGGCCCCGCCGGCGGGGCUGGAUCCAAGCGCCCUGCCGCCGGGGGCCUGAAGCAGGAGACCUACGCCGCGCAGCUCGUGCAGCGUGCCUCAACCGCGGCAGCACCUGGCCCCAUCCCUGAGGCUGCAGCUGGUGCCGCAGGGGCAGUAGCAGUAGCAGGAGCGGGUGCAGCAGCAGGAGCGGGUGCAGCGGGCGGGGUUGCGGGUGGCAAGCCGGAUCCAGACACGGCGCAGCAGCUGGUGGCCCGGUGUGUGGCGGGGCUGAAGGACAGCUCGGCGGCGGCGCGGCGCAAGGCGCUGCAGGACGUGCAGGCCGCGCUGCUGGACAACCCCUCCCUGUCCGAGUCCUGGCUGUGUGACCGACUGGAGGGCGACGGGCUGGGCAAGGCCCUGCUGCGCCGCUUCGACGACCCGGCAGACACCAGCCGCGAGGCGGCGGUGGUGGCGCUGACGCGGCUGCUGCGCGCGGCGCCGGGCGCGGUGCUGGCGCUGCUACCGUACGCCUUCCCGGUGGUGUCGGAGCGCGUGAUGCGGCGGGAGGAGGGCGGCAAGAACCUGACGGAGCCGUGUGAGGAGGUGCGGCUGGCGCUGGCGCGGCUGCUGCACACGCUGGUGUCGCUGGCGGGCAAGUCCUUCGGCGGCUACGCGGGCGAGGCGGCGGCGCUGGUGGAGGCGCUGUGCGAGGACCCCUUCCACGAGGUGCAGGAGGAGGCGUGCGCCGUGGUGGGGGCGCUGAAUGACGCUCUGGGCCUGCGGCUGCAGCCUGUGUCCAAGCAGCUGGUGGCGGCGCUGCUGCCGCUCACCACCGCCAAGAGGCACCGGGUGCGGCUGGCGGCACUGGGGGCGCUCAGGCCCACCAUGCACCAGGGCGCGCACGAGAUGAUCCUGGAGAUGGUGGCGUGGCGCGACCCCAAUGUGGUGCCCGUCAAGGCCUUUUACGGCGACGACCUCAAGGUGAACUUCUGCGGCAAGCUAGCUGCCGACCCGCACCCGGCCGUGCGGCGCGAGUUCCUGUCCCUGCUGGGCGACUGGAUGACGGGGCUGCGCGAGCGGCUGGACCACGAGGCGCGGCUGCUGCCGUACGUGCUGUCAGCACUGAACGACGAGGCGCCCGAGAUACAGUCUGACGCCGUGGCUCUGCUGGACCGACUGGGGGCGCAGUACGAGGCAGACCACGAGAAGGACCUCAAGGAGAUGCUGCCGUACCUGCCGGAGGAGGCCCAUGGCGUGGGCUGGCAGGCGGCGGCCGCGGCGGCGCACGUGUACGGCGCGCUGGCGGCGGGUCAGGAGGACACCGUGUUCGGCGGCCGCGCUGUGUUUGUGCUGCCCGGCCCUCUGCGCUGCCGCCCGCGCCUGGGCACCCGCCGCCUGGCGCAGUCCAACUUCGGCCGCAUUGUGGGCGCGCUGUCGGAGGAGCUGACCAGCUGGCUGCACGACGCGCGGCAGCGGGCGGCGGCGCUGCUGCGCACACAGCUGGUGCUGGUGGAGGAGGCGGCGGAGGCGCACCUGCACCUGGUGCUGCCGGCAAUCUGCAGGGCCAUCUCGGACCCCGAGGUGCGCCCCGCCGUGCGCGACGCCGCCGCCGUGAUCGGCGCCUUCACCGACUUUGAGGUGGCGCUACAGCUGCUGGGCCCGCGCAUCAGCGACGAGGCUGUAGCAGCUGCAGCCCCGGCAGUAGCAGCAGUAGCAGUAGCGGGCGGCAGUAGCAGCAGCGCCGCCGGAGGCGGCGCCGCCGGAGGCGGCGGGGGUGGCGGCGACCUGGGGACGCGGGCGGCGGCGCUGGAGGCGCUGGCGUGUGUGGUGCGUGGCGCGGGCCCCCGGCGGGCGGUUGACGGGCACCUGGGGGCGGUGCUGGCGCUGCUGGCGGGGGAGCCGCUGCUGUGCAGUGAGGACAGCCGCGUGCGCAGGUCGCUUCAGGAGGUGGUGGAGCAGCUGGUGGCGACCUGCGGCCCCGCUUGUGGCCGACACGCCGCACAGCUGCUGUGGGUGUGCCUGCACCUGCGGGCGCCCGGCCGAGCCGCACACGCCCAGGCCGCCGCCGCCGCCGCCGUAGGCAUGGCGCCGGUGGCGGCGGCGGCGGCGAUGGCGCCGGCGGCGGAGGCGGCGGCCUCCGACGCCGCCGUUACGACGGCGGUGGAGGGCGGGCUGAUGCCGAGGCUGGCGGAGGUGUGUGGCUAUGGCGGCGGCGGCGGCGGUGUGGAUGCGAUGGUGGAGGCGCACCGGCAGGAGCUGCUGGCGCGGGCCCAGCCCGGCGCCUCCCCCAACUGCCUGCUGAGCACGGGGGUGCUGGGCCGCCUCAUGCUGCCCGCCGCCGCCCUGGCCGCCGCACGCCUCACGCCCACAGACGACCGGCUCACAGCCGUGCUACAGCCGGCCGAGCCGGCCGCCGCGUCCCCGCUGGCGGCUGCUACUGCUACUACUGCUACUGCUGCUGCUGCUGCUAAUGCCGGUGGCGGUAGAAGCAGCGACGCGGCAGCGAUGGAGGUCGACGGCGACGGCGCCGGCGUGCGUGGCGGCGCGGCGGACGCCGACAUGCAGGUGGAUAGCGGUACGGCGGCGGCGGCGGCGGCGGUGGGGGUGGCGGCGGCGGCAGCGGCGGUGGCGGCGGCGGCGGGUCCGACCUGGAGUGUCGCCAGCCUGGCGGCGGUGUUGGCGCACGUGUCGGUCGACGUGGCGUCGUGGCUGCCACGCCAGCCCCGGGCGGCGGCGGUGACGCUGCUGUGCCUGGAGGCGGCGCUGGCGGCGGAGCUGCCCGCCGGCAGCAGCGGAGGCGGCGGAGGCGGAGGUGAUGCCGCGGCGGCGGAGGCGGUGGCGGUGGCGGCGGAGCUGCCGCGGCAGCUGGCGGCGGUGCUGGCGGCGGUGCUGGGCGCGGCGGCGGAGCUGCCGCCGGCGGCGCUGCUGCCGGCGCUGCGCUGCGCGCACGUCGCGCUGGCGCGCGGGCUGCUGCUGCUGCCGGCGCCGCAGCCGGCGGCGGCGGCGGCGCCUGCUACAGCCGCCGGGGCGGGGGCGGUGGUGGUGGAGGUCCUGGGCGUGCUGGUGUCGCGGCUGGGCGGCUGCAUGGCCGCCACCAGCGCCGCCGCCUGCCGCCUGCAGGCCUGCGCAGUCAUGAACAUGCUGCUGCGCUGCCCGCCCGCCGCCGCCGCGCUGGCGGCGGCCGCCGCCGAGCCGGCGCCGGCGGAGGGCGCGGCGGCUGCGCCGCCGCUGGCGGCGGCUUGCGCCGCCAUCGCGGCGCGGCUGUACGACGCGGCGGAUGAGGUGCGGUGUGCGGCGCUGCGCCUGGUGCGGGUGGUGGUGGAGCUGGCGCUCGGGGCCGGGAGUAGGGCUGGUGCUGGCGGUGGCGGAGGCGGUGUGGUUGCCGGGGAGCUGGCGGCGGCCGCGGCGGCGGCGGGUGGUGGCGGCGGCGGCGGCGGCUCGCCAGUGACGGCGGUGGGGCGGUUGGUGGCUGAGGCGCUGGCACUGCGAGACGUGAGCUUGGGCAGUGACUUUUAUGGCGAGUUCACGGCGUUCAGGGAGUGGGUGGCGCAGGCAGCGGCGGCGGCGCACCGGUGAUAUUGUGGUAGUGUCGUGUUUUACUUUGGGGGGGGGGGGGCUCGGGGGCAGGGCGCGGUGGGCGGCAAGGCGCGUUCUCUUAUUGCACCAUUGUUCAGGGGUGGCGAGCGAGGCGGGGGGGGGAGGGGCCGAACGCCUCGCGUGGGCUUGCAGCUGCUGAUCUGAAGCAGCUUAGGUGGUCAACUGCAUGCCAGCAUGCGUCGGUAAGAUGGACAUGCAAGCGGUUCAGCUCGGCUUGCAGAUCUGCUAGGGGCGGCUCGCGAAUUCGGAACCGCGGGAGGCCCGGGCAUGACCGGAAGAUUUGGGGGGGGUGGGGGGGUCCGAUUUUAGCUGACCGGUGAGUUUGUUUUUGAAAGUGGAAACUUUGCAUG